AUGUCGAAUCACAAUUUCGGAUUUGCCCUACUCAACAAUGCCGGAACUCUCGAGUGGGCUUUUGCCCUCUACACCACCGUCUCACCAGUAGCGGCGGUCGAACUGUUCCAGCGCGAGUACGACCAAUCUGUGCAAGCCUAUCGCGUGAUCCAUCGUACAACCACUGUAUCAGCCGUCUACGGCAUCGUCCACAUCUCCUCGCUCCCUGCCAAUCUGUACACCCUCAUUUUCAAUACGGCUCGUGUCCACUCACCCGACGAAGGAGGACUCAAUCCGGGUCGUGUGAAUUGGGGAUCUGCGGCAUGGGCUAUUCGCCUGGCGCUCCAGCUACGACAGCUCGUCAACUUCCCGUUGCAGUUCCAGGGCUACCAGAUUUACGGGCAUGUUACGGUCCAGGACGAGCAUGCUUGUUUGGGUGAGCAUAUUUGCUCCUAA